UAAGCUCUUCGUGUGUAUUUAAUUCAAAUCAGUCAAUUGGCAAAUCAGCCAGCCGUUCGAAAGCUCACACUUCAGAGUGAAUGUUUUACAACGCAGUGAGGUGAUGAUGAGUGAUGGUCGAAGCAAAAAUCGGAAUUGCUUUCAAACAACAAAUUAAACGCGUUUGUUUGUUACAUGUUAAUGAACCUUCUCAGUUGUGUUUGUUUUGGUCAAGUCAAAUAGCACAAAAGAAAUGGCUGACAGCUUUGACCUGAUGCAAAGUUGACAUUCUGUAAUACAUUUUUUGCGGCCAGCAACCAAUUUAGCGUAUAAUAUUUUCUUCUACGGAGACCUAUUGGGAUAUAAUUUGAACAGAGGCCUGAAUUGAUAUGGAUCCAGCACGCGCUGAAUUAGAUGUCCCUGCUGGAGGUAAUAUAAAAGUUGUCGAGGAUGACAGAAACUGGAACAAACGACUCCGUCUCAGGAAAGCUGCCGUUCAGCCCCCAGCCAUGCAAAGUAAAGAUAAGCAUGGGCCAAAGAAGAUAACAGAGGACAUGGAGAAAAGCACAGAGCAGACGUAUUUGAAGAAGACGCCCCUUAAAGUUCAAGAGGGUCAACAUGUGACAAAGGUUUCUGGAAAUAUACUCGGGUUUAGAUGCUCUGAAUGCAAGGACAGCACAGUAUUCAGCCCUAAUGACUUACUGAGGCACUUUCAGGAGACUCACCCAGGAAGCCAACCAAUUUUUCCUUGUGACAUGUGCAGUUUUAUUACACAUGAAUUCUCCCGCCUUAAAGUCCACCAAUUAGGCCACAGAGACACUUUUGUCAGCUGUAACAUAUGCAAUGACAAUGUCCAGCAUACCCUCUUGCAGCUCACCACACAUUUAAACAUGCACCACAGCUUGAACGGCCACUACUGUUGUGAGAAGUGCAAGUUCUCCACAAGAGAUGUAGGAGCAUUUUUGGAGCACCUAUAUCUACAUAACAUUGCGCCGCAAGCAGGUUCUGCUGACCAGGAUUUGAUGAGACAUCUCAUGGCCAAAACAGCACAAUUCCGCUUCAGUUGCCAAUUCUGUGACUAUAAAUCUCAUCGAAAAUAUAUCAUCACAAGGCACAUGGCCACCAUUCAUGGUGAAGAGAAGAGCCAGAAAAACAAGCCGAAAAUGAAAGAUGUUGGUCCUAAAACAGUAGAUAACUCAUCUCCAAGACUGAAGCACACAGUGACGAGUACAGCGAGGGAAAAUAACUGGAUGUCACAAGGCUGUCUUUCUCUGCCGGGGGAAGGAUUCCUGGAUAAAUAUUGCAGAUUGUCAAAUCCAGAGAGGGCUUUGGAGGAGACGAAGCAAUUUUUAGAGAAGUCUGUGGCUGCUGAAACAGGUGGGCAGACAUGGAACGAAGCUCUUAAGACUGUACUUUCAAAUGUGCCCCAAGCCAUCACUUCCUUUUCAAACUCAGAAAACUGCAUGAUAUCCAAUCCUGGAUUCACAAACACAGACAAAGACCUCACUGUCCUCAUGCUCAAAAACAAGAUUUCAGUUCCUCCGGAUGUCACUACUGAAGCCAUUGGUUUCAAAAUGGUGGAAGGCAAAAAACAUUUGGUUCUCAAGGUUACACCAGCAGCAAAGCAAGAGACCUCUGACACAACAAAGACGUCAUUGUGUGUCACUGAGCAGGAAUCAGAGAAGAUUGCUUGUCAAACUAGUGCUGGGGACUCCAAUGCAAACGGAUGCCAAUCAAAUUCAACUAUCCCCCAAAAGACCAGGCCACCCAGUUGUCCAGAGUCAUUCUCGACACAAAAUGAUAUUGACACUAUUUCAACCCUAAAGUUAGUGGAAUAUGAUCAAACUCAAGAAAAUAGAGAGAACCAGGAAACAAUGGUUGGCCAGGAACACCAGAGACAUGACGCAGAACCCAAAGAUGUGAAUCACUGUGAAGAUACGGCAGAGGACAUGCAAGUGCCGAAGUUGACAGUGGAGAAAAGUGAGAAAAAGCUCAAAUCCUUUCCUGAACCUCUGUGCUCUUCCAAGACUAUGGGGGACAAAAAAAGGUGGAGAACGAAAGUGGUCAGCCCUAAAACUGUAGAGAAGAAAUCAUCACCAGCAUUAAAGCUCCUCCUGAAGAAGAACCCAGUUAAGGAAAUGCAGUGGAUGUCACAAGGUCCUCUUCCCCUGUUAGGAGGAGGUUUGCUGAACAAUUCCCACAGACUAGAGCACCCACAGAAAACUUUGGAGGAGACGCAGCAAUUUCUUAAAAGAGCACUGUCAACGGAAAAUGGCAAAAAGAAACAUACCAAGUCCAAAGUGGUCACACGGUCGUCAAAGUCAGAGGGAGGCUUUAUUCCAAACCUUGGACAUUUCAGCCCCAGAGUUAACAACCUUGGUGCCCUCAUGGUAAAAAAUAAGAUUUUAGUUCCUCCCAAUUGCACUACAGAGGCCAUGGGUUUCAAAAUGGUGGACGGCAAAAAGCAUUUGGUUCUUAAGGUUACACCAUCAGACAAAACAGAGACAUCCUUGCAUUCCGUUGAGACAAAGGAAGACAACACUCUAUCUGAAAGUUGCACUAUGAGCCAGAACAGUUUAGUUGUUGUCGAGAAAAGUCAGCCAAGUUCUAAAAUCCCUCCAAGCACCAUAAGAAAGAGUAACCUAGAAUAUCAUUUUGAAAAUGUGGAGCUUCCAAACACUAAUGUCAGUUCUGAAAACAGAGAAGGAAUGAACAAUGGCAUGGAUUCUCAUGUCCUAGGUGGCCAACAUUGUCCAAGGGUAGGCCUACCUCAUGUAUCUAAUGGAGCCAAAUCAGAUGGAAAUGAUUUGGACCAGAUAACGGAAGAUAAGCCUGACCUGGAAGGGGUUGGAACUACAGAAGCUCAGGUCCUCAUGGUGUCUCCCUCCCCUAUACUCAAAUGCCUUACUUCCCCACAAGGUAUAACAAACUGGUCAGAGAUUCCAGUCCACACUCCAGAUGUUUAUUCUCAGGACUUCCCUCCCAAUACCACACUAAGAGAUGGAGGAAAACAGGAGGUCUUUGACAGGAUUUGCCUCUCACCACAGCAAAACAAACAGACAGUCAGAGGAAAGAGGCAGAGCGAACUGUCCACAGAGGACUCCCUUGAGCCCCUCUCAAAAGCAAAUAAACCCUCCAGCAAAGUUGUGGAAGAAAAAGAGGCUUCACCAGCAGCGGCGCAUCACUGGGAGCCAGGCCCUAGAGAUGUGGAGAGGACCCUGAAGCUAUUGCCAUUAAGUCCCACUCAACUCAUUACACGUCCAAGGGGAGACCAGCCUGUUGUAGUGCUAAAUCACCCAGACACAGACAUUCCCGAGGUUACAAAUAUCAUGGAAACAGUCCACAGGUACAAAGGGGAGGUCCAAAAGGUUUUGUUGUCUCGAAAAACAUUGAAGGCCUUUGCAGGCAUGGGUUGUAAUAUGUUUAGGGCAAAUGCCCCAACGAAUGCCGCCGUCUCUCAUCAACGUAUGUGGCCUGAGAGCAGAGUGAAAGAGAGAUUCAUCUUGAAAUUGAAGCUGAGAAAGAUGAGCAGAAAGAAGUACAAAGUGGUGAAUGCAAUCUCUCACAGCACUGAGCCUCCAUUACGAUUUAGCUGCUGGUUUUGUGGCCGAGUCUUCAGUGAUCAGGAGGUCUGGAUUGGACAUGGCCAGCGCCAUCUGAUGGAAUCUACUAAAGAGUGGGAUAAGCUGAAAUGUGAAAAGUCAUAAUGCAAUCUACACUGGAUUCAAAGUUGAGAAAGGUGCUCCUGCACAAAAGCAAUGGACAGAAAAUAUUCAAUUAAUUUCACUGUCUUAUUAGAGAAUAAUGUUGAUAAGGAUGACAAAAUAAUAGUGUACAAAAUCUAUGUAACAACAUGAGUUCUUUGAAAAUACAGGGCUCUAACACUCAGGUAAAAUUUGCAUUAUUAUUAUUUUUUUAAUGUUUUUUUUUUCAUUUGCUCAUAUCUAAGUAUUUAAUUUGAAAUCCACGUUUCAGUGCUACCAUCGUUUUAGAUAGGAUGCAAUCUAUUUGUUGUUUCAGUUAUGUCUAACCAACAUGCAAUGCUAUACAAGUUGAUGUAAGUACAUUGUCAUAGGGACUCUUUCACAGAACACUGUAAUAAGGACACGAAUGAGCCAUACUCCUAAAGCUCUAAACAUGAACAUUUAACAUUAUACGGGUAUGUAUAGUGUGUGUCAUGUGAUUAUGUGACACACACACACACACAAUCCCUGUGAAGGCCCAUAGAAAAUAGGGAAUGUUUUUGUUUGAAUGCAUACAGUACAAUAUGUACCAAAAAUAUUAAUGGUUUCGAAUAUAGUAGUAUCCAUAUGUGGGGCACAUUUUGUUAAGUUAGUCCUGCACUAGUAGCAGGAGUAGUCCAACGUAUUCACCUUUUUAUAAUUUAACAAAAUCCAUAGUAUGUUAUAGGAUGACUGAUGGCAUGUCUGCAAUAUAGCCUAACAAUGCUGGUUUUACAUGCAAAAUAUUGUUUUUCUGAAAGAAAUUCCUAUUGUGACUUGAAAUUAUUAUGUUUUUUUUAAUAGGAUUAUGAACAGACAGUGACUAUUUCUUCCCAUUAUCUCACUUUAUGAAGCUUAUGACAAUAUUGAUAUGCAUGUUACUGUAUGUUUCCUUAUGUUCUGAAAGUGUCCAUGGAAAGGGAUACUUUUAGUUAGUCAGCACAGGACCAUUGGUCAAAUGGACCCAAAUCAUAAAUACACAUAGCACAUCUUUCUGACCAUACCAUUUCUGCUUGCACACGUCAGCAUUAGUCAUCCACCAUGUAUUUCUGCAUUUAAACAGAUAACUGUCAAAGUGUCUCUCUACAUCACAAUCACAGUGCAUCAUUGUAAUGGCGCGUAUGUUCAGCAGCCCCUCUAGGCAUCUCUUUCUCUCUCUCUCUCUCUCUGGCAUGGAUGAAUUAUAGGACGUACCUGGUUUGGAAUAGUAGUCAGGGAAAGAGGUACAAUUUUGACUUAAGAAAUAUUUGUUUUUCUCCAAGUGCCUGACCUUUACACAAUGAAUAUGUAUUUAUCUUGAUACACACCUGGUAGCAUUAUGUGUUGUACAGAUCAAUAAAUACAAAUAGUUUGACAA